CUGCCUGUAAAAUACGAGACCGCAUCCUCACCUGUUGACAAUGGCUACCUCUGUCGCGUCGCUGCAUGUUCCUUCUCUAAAGACUUUCAACUCCGAAAGCUCCGCUGUCACCUUUGAGCCCUUCGAUCUUCCUUCCUCCAAUCAACGCCUGUUAGGGCCUCCCCAUCCACCAAAUACGCAGAGUCCGCUUGCCUUGCGUCCAUCUCAAGACAUCACGUCGCUCGACAGCAUAGUGUCGGCUAUAGAAGCCCUGGAACGCGACAAAACGCUGACUAGGCUCCUCGCCAAGCACGGCACCAUCCUUUUCCGAGACCUUCCCAUCCGCGACGCAGACGACUUUAGCAAGUUCGCGCAUGCCUUUGCCUACAAGCCGCACGAGAUAAUUGGGAUCGUGGUGGAUCGCCCGCUACUCGCGCCCAACGUCGCGCCCGCCAACGAGGCGCCUAAGGAAGUCCGAAUCUACAACCACAACGAGUCACCUCAAGUGCCUCAUGCUCCGGAAUACAUCUUCUUCUACGCCCAUAAAGCACCUGAAAAGGGUGGGGAGACCCCCAUUUCCUCUAGCCUCGAGCUCUUCCAUCGCGCCCAGGCAGAAAUUCCCGAGUUCAUCAACCUUCUUGCCGAAAAAGGCAUCCUGAGCAAGGUAACAUACCGCGCGGAAAGGCAGUACGCCGGCGGGUCUACAUUAAAAGAGGCGUUCGGCAAGGAAAUUUUAGAUGAUGAUGAUGAAGACACGAAACGAAAGAAGAUCGAGGCCCAGAUUGCGCGAUAUGGACGAGGCGAGCAUACGACGUGGGAGUGGAUCGACGACGAGGCUGGGAAAGGGUUGGUCCUGACGCAUCGCUUGCCGGCGAUUCGAACGCAGGCCGGGACAAAUUUGCCGACCUUGUUCACAGGCUUGGCGGCAUACUACAAGAAUACGCUGGAAGUGCGCAAUGAAACCGGCGCGGGGAGGAAAUACGCCGCUCAGCAGUAUUUCGGCGAUGGGACGCCGAUUCCGCAAGAGUAUCUGGCCCACUUGGCCAAGAUCACGGAUGAGAUCCGGGUUCUGCACAGAUGGAAAGAGGGGGAUGUUCUUGUCUACGAUAAUGUCAUUGCCCAGCACGGAAGAGAGCCAUGGGAAGGACAUCAGUCGGAUCGAGUUGUCUUAGCGAGCCUAUUUGAUGGGGAGAGAGUACCCGGUGCCUAUGGCUUCGGGAACUGGGCUCAGGUAGUGCAGGCAUCGGAGGGAUAGGACAAAUGUCUGCGUCUGGAGGCCAUGGAACCUUUUCCUUUUGUGGACAUGGCCUGUUGUGUUGUUGGUUCACGAGCAGGGGAGACUGUGAUCUGCGUGGCCCAUUCAUCUGACGUGUGUUCAAAGUUGUGUCUGACUGAUAACACGUAGGUUUAGUGCGUAAUCGUAUAUUGGCUGUCUCGCAUUAUUGC